AUGACACCCCCUCCCAUGUCGUCGACGCAAUUAGAGCAGCAAUUCCAGGCGCGGAUUGCUCAGGCAAAGGAAGCAGCACGUUUGGCUUCAAUUGCUGCAGCUGCACGUGGUGCUAAUGGAUUAAUUAAUGCACCAUUUACUUCUACUAUAGCUAUACCACCAGGCGCUCCAUUCCAUCCUGUAGCUUCCAUGUCGAGUCAUUUCCAGUGUUCGAAGUCUUUUUCUACCGAGGAAAACGUCCCGAUGGACGUUAAAACACGUAUUGAUCGACUUGUGGAGUUUGUCGCUCGUAAUGGAGACGCAUUUGAAGCCACAGCUAGAGAACGGGAACAGGAUAAUCCGGAUUUUGCCUUUUUGAGACCAGGUGGACCAUUUUCUGCUUAUUAUCAGUGGAAGAAGCAGCAAAUGUGUCGACAAGUACCUCCUGGAGGAGUUUCUGCUUUAUCUGUACAGUCAAAGGCAUCAUUGGACUCGUCGAAUGGUGCUGUAUCAACUGGAUUAGGUACAAAUGACCCUCUUGGAGCCAUGUCGGUUGGUGCAAUGGCAAACGUUUGCAAAUAUGCACGAGCAAGUGGAGUACAGACGUACGCUCCAAUCCCACGUGAAGUUAUGAUGAAUGUGGGGAAUUUACCUCCUGUGGAACCAGCAAGACUUGAAAUUCGAAUGUCUGAGUUUUAUCGUCAUGAAAAGAGAAAGAGUCGACAAGAUUGA